UUUGAUAAUUCAUUCAUUCUAAAUAUUUUUAACAAUCAAUUAAACAUUUUUAAUUAAUUAAUUAGAAAAAUGUAAACAUAGAUUUAUCAAUAACAAAUUCCUGCUUUAUAGCAGUAGCAGCAAUUUGUGAGCAUACCUUUACAGGCACAUGAUUAGUUUGGAAAAAGUUUAUAAAAAGGCUUCUCUACAACUUAAAUUCAUAAAGCCCCGCUUCCUCCUAAAUUAGGAAAACCUAAUAAAAAUAUGAUAGAAUAAAAUAAUGAUGCAUUAAUAUCUAAUGGACAAUUUAGAAUAGGAAAUUAAUAAGCUUUGAAUGAUAAUAAAUAUUUUGAAAUCAAAUACACUAAUCAGGAACCAAGUAAUCAUGUUAAUUAGUAUCAUUGGGAAUAAAAUUACAAUUAAAAUGUCAAUUAAGAAAAUUUAUUAACUAAAUAUUCCUAAGCAAAUUCGCAAAUCAGAUCAUCAAACUAUAUUAGCAAUCCAUAUGUGAUUACUUCAAGUAAUAUAUAAAUAUUACCAAUAAGUAUAGAAAAAGUAAAUUCAGUUAAAGGUUUGAUUCAAUCAGAAAGUAUUAGCACUCCUAUAUACCAACCUGAAUAAAAUAUUUCACCCAUAUCUAAAAUGAGCUUAACUAAUAAUUAAAUGCCUUAACAACAAAAUAUAGACUUCUAAGCAGGUUAAUAUUUAUAAAACUUAUAGGAUCAAAUGAAAAAUUAAAUAUAACCAAUCAGAUAGGAAGAAAUCAAUACUUAAUAGGAUAAACUCAAACGCAGCUAUAGUGAGUAUUUACCUAAAAAGGAAAAUAAUUUAAAUGAAUUCAAAUAAUUUUAAAUUUAUCUUAGUAAGGUAACUAUUGAUCCAAAUGAUUACCUUAAUUUUUAAACAAGUAAUAUCAGUGAGAAUAUAAAGGAAAGCUCCUAAGAAAGUGAAUUAAAAAUAGACUUAAAGUAUACUAAUUAUAUAGAUGGAGGUGGUAGUCCCUUUACCUUAAAUAAGAAUCCAUAAAAACCUAAUUUUUUUAAAACUUAUGAAUAAUUAUAAAAAUAAGAUGAAAGUUAAAAGGGAGUUCAGUCUUUUCAAAAAUAAAGUUAAGAAUACUAAAAAUAGUAUAAUGAAAAUGAAAAAAUAUUAUAACCUCCUAGAAAAACAUCUGUUUAAUGCUAAAGAUUAAAGGAUAAUAACACAGUUACGAUUUUGGAGAUUGAAGAUUAUGGUAAUUACUAAAGUGAAGCUCAAAAUUAAGAAAAUUAAAAACAAGAAAACAAUAUAUAAGGUGUUUAAUAGAAGAACUUUUAUAAUACCACAAAUCUAGAAAAAUUUGAAAGCUUUGGAAAAUUGAACUUUGAUAAUGAGGGAACCAAUCAACCUGAUUAAUAGGUUAAAUAUAUUUCUAAUGAUAUUCCAAAUUAUAAUUCAAUAGUUAAUUAUAAUAGUAACGGUAAUUAAGAUAGUUUAAUUGCUCCUUAAAAUAAUAAUCUUCAACUACCUUAAGGACUAAACUUAUUAAGCAGUAUCAAUAGCAACAUAACUGGUAAUGAAUAAAGUCCUUUUUGCAGCUCUUUCAUUAGAUAAAGCGAUUUGAUAAGGAAAAGAAUGAAUAGCACUGAUGAUCCAUAGGUUUUUUUUAACUAAACAAAUUUACAUAAUUUAUUUUCAAAUCCAAGCUCAACUAAGAAUGCUAGAAGCGAAAGUAAUGCUAUAAACAUUAUUGAAACACAUUCAAUAAAUAAUUAUAACUCAUAACCUCAAAGCUAGUUGCAAGGCUAAAAGCAAGCAUAGUCUAAUAGUAUCUAAGAAACAAAUGAAGAAUAUACUGAAAGUAUUGUUAUAGAUUAAAUUAAGAAUUUUAAUUAAAAAUCCAUAAAAGAUACUAAUAAUAGUAAUAAAAUUAAAUAAGAUUUAAAUAGGCCUUCUUUGCCUAAGCCUUUAACAAAUAAAGAACAGUCUUUAUUCAAAAGCAAAAGUACUGAAAAUAUAUCAUAAAAUAAUAAUUAUAACUUAUCUUAAAAUGAUAAUAAGAGUUAUUACUUAUAAAAGGCUGAGCAGAUUUUAAAACAGCUCGGGCAGAAUCCUUCUUUUUCAAAUAAUACUAAUAUCACAAUAUCUUCACAAAAUAUAGCUAAUCCAAAUUUGUAUUUAACAAUUGAUGAAAAAUAAAGCAAUUUGACAAACAACAUGUAAAAUUCAGUAAAUUAGGUAAAAUUACUUCCUAAAUAAGAAAAUACAACAAAUUUAAUAGAUUCUUCUUCAUGCACAACUGAGAGAAGAAAGAAAAAUAUUAAUUAAAUAGUCUAAAAAUGUGUUGAAAGGACAUAAAACUUAAUUGAAAAACUAAAAUCUAAAUCUAAAAAGUAGCAACUAUAAAAGUAUACAAAUAUCCUAAACUAAGCUUAGGAAAGUCCUAAAAAAAUAGAAAAAAGUAAAAAACAUGAAGAAAUAAGAUAAAGCAGACAAAAAGUAGAUGAAUUAGUGAAUGAAGCACUUUAUCGCUCAAGGUAGGUAAUCUAAAGACAUUUUUAGAGCAAAAAUUUAGCUGGUUCUCCACCGGCUUAAACAUAUGAUUAAGAUGAGUAAUAAGAUUAUUAGGAUAACUAAGUAAAUUACAAUACAAAUUAUUAAUUCUAGCAUACUCAAUUGAACUAUGACUAAAAUAGCGCAUAAUCUAAGGAUAAUAACACAUUUGGGUAUUCCUCGAAUUAAAAUAAAGAACCUCUAUCUCCGAACACAAAUUUAUAAUUUCAGUAAAAUAAUCUUUCAGAUCCUUAUCAGCAAAUGGACUAUUAAAUCAGAAUUACUCCAAUAGGAUCUGAUUAAAAAUCCCCAUUAUAAAAUGAAGAUCAUUAAUUGAAUAGUUUUAGUAAAGAAAAUAAUUCUAUCAGCUUUGACAUACAAGCAGGAAAUUCAGGGAAAUCAAAUUAAUUAACAAGCUAGGAAAACUUAUCACCUUUCAAACAAAAUUUGUAAUCUUUUGGUUCUAGCAAUAAAUAAAAAGAGGAAUCUACCUAUAUAAAUAAUAGGCAGCAGAAAUAAAUAGCUUAUGAGAAUUCAAAUCAAAAUUUUAUUUUUGAAGGAGUUCUAGACGCUAAUGGAAAAAAGUAAGGCUAUGGAAUUUUAAGGAAUAAAUAAAAUCAAAUGGUCAUAUAUGAAGGAGAAUGGGUAAAUGAUCUUUUUGAUGGAUAAGGUAUUUUAUAUAAUUAAUUUCCUGAAAAUUUAUAGAAUUCUUUCAGCUAUAGUGAUUUUAAUAAAAUAUCUAAUUAUUGGAAAGUUUAUGAAGGAGAAUUCUAAUUAGGAUUAAAAAAUGGUUCAGGUACCCUAGUUUUUACAAACGAAGAAAAGUAUAGCGGCAAGUUUAUAAAUGAUAAAGUUAAUGGAGAAGGUGUUUUUUAUUCAAAUGAUAGCAAAAAGCAACCAAUAGUAGGAUUAUGGGUAAAUAAUAUCUUAUCAAAAAUAUUAUGA